AGCAUCAGUUUGGGAGGAAGAUGGCGAGCAGGAAGACCAAGAAGAAGGAAGGAGGUGCAAAACGCGCUCAAAGGGCCUCUUCCAACGUGUUCUCCAUGUUCGAGCAGACUCAGAUCCAGGAAUUUAAAGAGGCUUUCACACUUAUUGAUCAAAACAGAGACGGUUUCAUUGACAAGGAGGACCUUAAAGACACAUAUGCAUCUCUUGGUAAACUGAAUGUCAAAGACAACGAACUGGAAGACAUGCUUAAGGAAGCCACUGGUCCAAUCAAUUUCACAAUGUUUCUUAAUCUGUUUGGAGAAAAACUGCAUGGUACUGACCCUGAAGACACCAUACUUAAUGCUUUUAAGAUGUUUGAUCCUGAAGCCAAGGGAUACAUACACACAGCUGAAUUACGACAUAUGCUCACGACCCAAGCAGACAAGUUCAGUGCAGAGGAGGUGCUUCAGAUGUUCCAGUCCUCCAACAUCGACACAGCGGGAAACCUGGAUUACAAAUCACUCUGUUACAUCAUUACACACGGAGAGCAGCAGGAGGAGUGA